UGGACGGGCAUCUCUUCAGUUCGCUUGGGAGAGGUUCUCCUGGUGUCUUCGAUUAGACAGCGGCACCGCACAACCUAAAUGACCGACAGGGUGGUGCAAAACUAUUCACAUACAACCGCCCAACAACGGCGAGGCUCGUCCGAGGCCAGGUCUCACAGACCGGACGGCCAGCCAACAGGCCAGCGAGCCACAGGCGCAAGAAGAAGCAGAAGUAGGAAUCUGGUUCACAGUGCAGGGGACUGCGAAAUAAAUUGAAAUGGUUCCGGAGAGGUCAAGACGAUGCGCAACCGAGAGAAACCACGCUCCUAAGAUAACGAACCAUUGCAGACCGCGGACGCCUCUAGCUAAACCACCACACCUUCCGUGUCCGUCUAACAACAUGUAUGUACCUGAAAAUGCGGAGGAGAUAGAAGCUGAAGAAGCCCAACCACCCAACCAAUCAACCAACGAGAUAGCGUUCAUCGCCCCUCGGAGAAGAGAUAAAGGAAGACCUGUUGCAUACCAUUCCCCCC